AUGGUAGACGAACCCGAAUUAAGUCUACAUCCAGAAAACCAACGUCGCAUCGCCAGACUCUUUGCGAGACUUGCAAAUAUAGGGGUUAAAGUUUUCAUAACCACCCACAGCGAUUACAUCGUCAAGGAACUCAAUACGCUCAUCAUGCUCAAUCACGAUACGCCACACCUGAAGAGAGUCACCGAAGAAAACGGUUAUAAAAAAAGCGAGUUGAUUAAAGCGGAUCAGGUCAAAGUAUACGUAGCAGAAAAGGCGUUGCUGCCGUUGGAGGAAGGACAGAAAAGACGUAAACGAGGACACACACUUGUCCCAGCGAAGAUCCAUCCCAAGUUCGGCAUUGGUGUUAGCAGUUUUGAUAAGACGAUUGAUGACAUGAACAGGAUUCAGGAUGAAAUUGUCUGGGGAGAAGAGUAA